AUGGCUGCGCAGGUGCCCGGGCCGCCGAGCCGCCUGCUUCCCCUCUGGCCGCCGCUGCUCCUCCUGCUGCUGGCGGCGCCGCAGUCGCCGUCUGCGGAGCGAAGAUCCCCGGUGGUGGCGGGCGUGGAGUCGCUGUUGGAGGAGUUCCGCCACCAGCUGCAGCAAGAGCAGGACCCAUCUGGCGGCCGCGGCAACGCGCGGACGGAGGCGGCGGGCCGCUGUCGAGGAGGGGGCGGCAGGCCGUCGAGCGGCGGCGACGACGGGAGCUUUUUCUCGGCCAGGCCCGACUCCAUCAUCCGCACCAAGGACUCCAUCGCGGCGGGCGCCACGUUCCUCGGCUCCCCGGGCUCGGUGGCGGGCCCGCGGCAGUGCCUGGACGCCUGCUGCGCCGAGGCCCGCUGCACCCUGGCCGUGCUGCAGCAGCAGCAACGGUCGCCGCCCGCCUCGUUCCGCUGCUACCUCUUCAACUGCACGUACCGCGGCCGCGCCGUCUGCCUCUUCUCCCCGCAGCUCGGCUACAGCAGCUACUUCUUGGAACCCAGCAGUCUGCCUCCCGCCCCGGAAAUGGAUGAACCUCCCCUCAGCAAGGCAGGGAAGGACAUUAUCCUUCAGUUGCCUGUUGACUGGGUGAUCCUGGAUGGCCGAGAAAGUAUAGAUGACCAUGGAAUCAUACAAUAUGACUGGACAAUGCUUCAAGGUGCCCCUUCAGUUGAUAUGAAGGUACCUCAACCAGGAACUCUGAAGCUCUCCCAUUUGCAAGAAGGUAAAUACAUGUUGCAGUUGACUGUGACGGACACUUCUGGGCAAAGGAGUUCGGAUAAUGUCUCAGUGACGGUGCUUCCAAUGGUUCACUCCGGGUUAGGAUGUGUUGGGGUUUGUUCACGCUACCAGUUUCUCUGUGAUGAUGGCUGCUGCAUUGAUAUCACCUAUGCCUGUGAUGGAGAAAUGCAGUGUCCUGAUGGAUCUGAUGAAGCUUUUUGUCAGAAAUUUAAUUCAGGACAGAAGACAAUAGCUCACACAGCCAUGAGCUCCGUCCAGCAAAAUACCAUUGGACUAACUAAAGAUGCUAACAAGGACCCCACAUUUGAAAUCACCCAGAAAACUACUGUAAGCAGUCAUGCAGCUGAUAUAGAAAAGUUCAAACAAUCACCCUCUCAGGGACCAAAAAAGCAAAAUACAGGAUUCAUGCCAGAGCAAUGCUUGCUGCCACCUGCUGCCGGCCCAUGUAAUGGACAUUUCCCUCGCUGGCAUUUUGAUGCUUUGUCGGGCAGUUGCAUGCAUUUCAUCUAUGGUGGAUGCAAAGGCAAUGAAAACAACUUCCUUCAAGAAUCUGACUGCCUUGAAGAAUGUGUAAAAUCUCAUGAUCCUAGAACCUCAGGGAAAGACACAGAUGAUAAGCAUGAAAAUGACAUUGUGGUAUUAAAAGGCACUGAAAUUGAAAAGAGCUAUCCAGUCCCAGAAACAGGUGCUGUACUCCCAUUGGCGCUAGGGUUGGCCAUCAGUGCUUUGUUGCUGCUCAUGGUAGCAUGUCGAUUACGUCUCGUGAGACAGAAACUUAAGAAAGCUCGGCCCAUUAUGUCAGAGGAAUCCGAUUACCUCAUAAAUGGGAUGUAUCUCUAA